GCUCGAAGGAAGAGGUUGUGAGUGUCCGUGUGUGCAGCGUUUCAGUGGUUCGUCUCAUUACCAGCCAUCCUUCAUAAUGCCUCGUAUAGAUAAUGACAUAAAACUAGAUUUUAAAGAUGUGCUACUGCGCCCUAAAAGAUCUACUCUCAAGACCAGAUCGGAGGUAGAACUGGAACGUUCCAUAACGUUCCGGAACUCCGGACGGACCUGGACCGGCGUUCCGGUGAUAGCCGCCAACAUGGACACGGUCGGCACCUUCGAGAUGGCAGAGGCUCUUGCUAAGCACCGUGCGUUCACUACCGUGCACAAGCACUACACGGUAGAAGAGUGGCUGCAGUUUGGCACGGUACACCCCGAGCUGUUGGACUACGUCGCGGUGUCCUCAGGGAUCUCGGAUCAGGACUUCGCUAAGCUGCAGGAGAUCCUUCAUAAGCUGCCCCAGCUGAGCUUCAUCUGUCUGGACGUGGCGAACGGCUACUCUGAAGUGUUCGUAGACUACGUGCGUAAAGUGCGUGAGCGCUUCCCCACGCAUACUAUAUUCGCGGGCAACGUAGUGACAGGCGAGAUGAUAGAGGAGCUGAUACUGUCAGGCGCUGACGUCAUCAAGGUGGGCAUAGGCCCAGGCUCGGUGUGCACCACGCGCAAGAAGGCGGGCGUGGGCUACCCGCAACUCUCUGCUGUCAUCGAGUGUGCUGACGCUGCCCACGGCCUUAAGGGGCACAUCAUCUCGGACGGAGGCUGUACAUGUCCAGGCGACAUAGCGAAGGCGUUUGGAGGGGGGGCGGACUUUGUGAUGAUGGGGGGCAUGCUGGCGGGGCACGACCAGAGUGGGGGGCAGCUGGUCGAGAGGGGGGGCAAGAAAUAUAAACAAUUCUACGGCAUGAGCAGCGCUACGGCCAUGAAGAAAUAUGUGGGGGGCGUGGCUGAGUACAGGGCUAGUGAGGGGAAGAGCGUGGAGAUCCCCUACCGAGGGGACGUGGAGGGGACGCUCCUAGAUAUUCUAGGAGGCCUACGCUCGGCCUGCACCUACACGGGCGCGGCUAAGCUCAAGGAGCUGCCUAAGAGAACAACUUUUAUUAGAGUCACGCAGCAGACCAACGAGGUCUUCGCUGGUCUGCCUCAGGGGUCUGGGGUCUAGAAAUGGUAUUAUUUAGUUAAUUAACCCUUGAUCUGCUAUUGAACUAAAUCAGGGGUCUAGAAAUG